CUAGAGAUAUGAGUCAGUCGGUGUGCUGAAAACAUAUCAAAGACCAGUCUUGCCGAGAGAAGGAAACAUCUGCAAAUGAGAUGCUGUUUCUGCAACUUCCAUUGCUAGCUGUCGUUCUCCCGGGCAGUGAUAAUGUAUAUGCAGUCCAGGAAGACGUCUCGUUCCACCUCAUCCAGAUCUCAUCCUUUUUCAACCGGUCCUGGGCACAAAAUCAGGGCUCAGGUUGGCUGGAUGAAAUUCAGACUCAUGGCUGGGAGAGUGAAUCGGGCAAAAUAAUUUUCCUACACACCUGGUCUAAGGGCAACUUCAGCAACGAAGAGAUGACAGAUUUGGAAGUGCUAUUUCGUUUCUACCUCAUUGGAUUAAUUCGAGAAGUUCAAGAACAUGCCAGUAAAUUGCAGAUGGAAUAUCCCUUUGAAAUACAGGUGAAUACUGGUUGUGUGAUGCAUCAUAGAGAGAGUUCUGAAUACUACUUUAGGGUAGCUUUUGAAGGAUUGGAUUUACUGAGUUUCCAGAACACUUCCUGGGUGCCCUCUCCAGAGGGUGGCAGUAGAGCCCAGAAAGCCUGUGAUCUACUCAAUCCUUACGAUGGCAUCAAAGAAACCGUGCAGAGGCUCGGUAGCAGCACCUGCCCCCGGUUUUUUUUGGGUCUGCUCGACGCAGGGAAGACAUAUCUCCAGAGGCAAGUGAGACCAGAGGCGUGGCUGUCCAGUAGUCCCAGCCCUUCAUCUGGCCAGCUAUUGCUGGUUUGUCAUGUCUCUGGCUUCUACCCAAAGUCUAUUUGGGUGAUGUGGAUGAGGGGUAAGGAGGAGCAACUGGGCACUAGACAAGAUGACACCCUGCCUAAUGCUGAUGGGACGUGGUAUCUUCGGGUGACUCUGGAUGUGGCAACUGAGGAGGCUGCUGGUCUGUCUUGCCGGGUGAGACACAGCAGCCUGGGAGACCAGGACAUCAUCCUCUACUGGGGACGCCGCCUUUCCAUGACCUUGAUCUUCUUGGCAGUUAUAGUGCCUGCGAUUCUUCUGACAGCUCUUGUGUUGUGGUUGAAGAGGCGCUGCUCUUAUCAGACUAUCACAUGAGACUCCUCGCCACACCUCCGUCGUUGUAGAGAACUCAACAGCUCAGAAGUCUAG